AUGCAUUCGUCUUUGGCAGCGAAAUGUUGCAGGGUUCUAGAGGCAAACAUUAAGCCUGAUAAUGUUUUCGCGUUGUUGGCGCAAGCUGCAUUAAAUUUCCAUGAAAAAGAGUUGGAAGCGAAGUGCUGGGGAGUUGUUUCUGUGCUAACUGAAGAGUGUAUAAACUCGGAAGCAUUCUGUAAUAUCGGAUCACGUGCACUGAAUGCUUUGCUGAAGAGAGAGACAUUGACAAUAUCAGAAGUGGAAUUGUUCAAGGGAGCAUUGAGAUGGACGGACAGCGAAUGUGCAAGACAGGGUACAAAUAUUGAAGAAGACAAAACAGCAAGAAGACAGGUUCUAGGGGAUAGUGUGUAUGAAAUUCGUUUCCUUGCAAUGUCACAGAAAGACUUUGCAAAACAUGUCUCCACCACUGGGAUACUCACAGACGCAGAGAGUGUGUCUAUUUUUCAACAAUUUAACGGAUUAGAUGUGGCAGGCUUGAAAUGGAAGAAGCAUACAAAAAGGCAGCCUCCGCCUAUAGUCAGUUUUAGCAGAUUUGAUCUUUGCAAUGUUAGUCGCGAGAAUUGGAGUUACAAUGGAGGUUCCGAUGCUCUUACUCUGACUGUCAAUAAAUUUGUUUUCUUUCAUGGUGUUCGACUGUUUGGUGAUUGCCAUGGUAGCCAAUACGACGUCGAGUUUGCAAUCAAAGAUGAAAAUAUAACAGAGACCCGCUAUACUUCAACAGCAGACAAUGACGGCGUAUAUUGGUAUGAUGUUAUGCUACCUAAACCAAUAUCAUUACUGCCAAGGGAAGACGUUACAAUAAUUGCGACAAUAACAGGACCAGAAUCUUACAAAGGUAUCAAUGGAAAAUCAUCAAUGAAAGUCGACGACAUUGUUGUGACUUUUAAAAACGCACCUGCUUUUAUUUCAAGUUGUACGGAUGAACAAUGCGGUCAGUUUUACAAAAUUUUCCUUUCCAAAUUGUAG